AUAAUAAUAAUAAAAAUAAAAAUAAUAAUUAUUAAUUAUUAUAAAUAAUUCUCUACAAAAUCAAAAUCUUCGUCAUUUUCUCAAUCUACACUCCUUUCUCUGUUCUCCAAGCUCCAUUAAUGGCGUUCUCACUAAAACUCGAACCUUCCACACUAAUUCACUCACUCUCUUCUCGAAAAACUUCCUCUUUUCUCUCUCAUAUUGAUCGCUCAACAUCUGUUCUUUUCCCUUUUCAUAGCCGCGUUAAUUCGAUUAGACAUUCUUCGCAUUCUCUUUUCGCCAUUAAAGCUACUUCUACUGCUCCUCAAUCUGCUUCUACUGUUAUUGAAUCUCAAAAUUUCACGAUUAAAUCAGUUCCUACAAAACCCUAUGAUGGCCAGAAGACUGGCACAAGUGGUCUCAGAAAGAAGGUUAAAGUGUUUAUGCAAGAGAAUUACCUUGCCAAUUGGAUUCAGGCCUUGUUUAAUUCACUGCCGCCUGAAGACUAUGUGAAUGGGGUGUUGGUUCUUGGGGGUGAUGGACGGUACUUUAACAAAGAGGCUGCACAGAUUAUAAUUAAAAUUGCGGCAGCCAAUGGUGUUGCGAAGAUUUUAGUUGGCCAGGAUGGCAUUUUGUCAACACCUGCAGUAUCAGCUGUGAUUCGAAAAAGAAAGGCCAAUGGUGGUUUUAUUAUGAGUGCGAGCCAUAAUCCUGGUGGGCCUGAAUAUGAUUGGGGAAUUAAGUUCAACUAUAGCAGCGGGCAACCUGCACCAGAAUCUAUCACUGACAAGAUUUAUGGCAACACACUUUCUAUAUCAGAAAUUAAGAUGGCAACCAUCCCUGAUGUAAAUCUUUCUCGUAUUGGAGUUACAAAAUUCGGAAACUUCAUUGUUGAAGUAGUUGAUCCAGUUGCAGACUACUUGGAGCUGAUGGAGAGUGUUUUUGAUUUUGAGCUUAUCAGAAGACUACUAGAGCGGCCUGAUUUCAGGUUCACAUUUGACGCCAUGCAUGCAGUGACUGGAGCAUAUGCAAAACCAAUUUUUGUAGAGAAGCUGGGUGCCAGUCCGGAUUCGAUUACAAAUGGGAUUCCUCUGGAAGACUUUGGCCAUGGCCAUCCAGACCCUAAUCUCACUUAUGCAAAGGAUUUGGUCAAUAUUAUGUAUGGUGAGAAUGGACCUGACUUUGGGGCUGCUAGUGAUGGUGACGGAGAUAGGAAUAUGGUUCUGGGUAGAAGUUUUUUUGUUACACCUUCAGAUUCAGUUGCUAUUAUUGCAGCGAAUGCUCAAGAGGCAAUUCCUUACUUCCGAGAUGGAAUCAAGGGUUUGGCUCGAUCCAUGCCUACAAGUGGUGCACUUGAUCGUGUUGCUGAAAAAUUGGGUCUUCCCUUUUUUGAGGUUCCCACUGGUUGGAAGUUCUUUGGUAAUCUUAUGGAUUCUGGGAAAUUGUCAAUCUGUGGGGAAGAGAGCUUUGGUACCGGUUCUGAUCACAUCCGUGAAAAGGAUGGCAUCUGGGCUGUUUUAGCUUGGUUGUCAAUACUCGCUUACAGAAACAAGGACAAAAAGCCAGGUGAAAAACUCGUGUCUGUUUCAGAUGUAGUAAAAGAAUAUUGGCAAAUUUAUGGAAGGAAUUUCUUCUCGAGAUAUGAUUAUGAAGAGUGUGAGUCAGACGGUGCCAAUAAAAUGGUUGAUUAUCUAAGAGAUUUGAUUUCUAAGAGCAAGCAAGGGGAUAAAUAUGGGGAAUAUGUCCUUCGAUUUGCAGAUGACUUCAGUUAUACAGAUCCUGUUGAUGGAAGUGUAGCAUCAAAGCAAGGUGUUCGCUUCGUCUUUGCUGAUGGAUCGCGCAUCAUAUUCCGUCUAUCGGGUACUGGUUCUGCAGGUGCAACAAUUAGGGUAUACAUCGAGCAAUUUGAGCCUGAUGUUUCAAAACAUGACUUAGAUGCCCAAAUUGCAUUGAAGCCAUUGAUAGAUCUUGCAUUAUCUGUAUCAAAACUCAAGGACUUUACUGGACGGGAGAAGCCUACGGUUAUUACAUAACUUUAAAGCAUUUUUGUCAAAUCCAGUUUCAUCCUUGAUGUCUUAAGCUAGGUUAGGGCACUUUACAUUUUGCCCUAUAUAUUGUUUCAUUUCCAUUAGCUGAAAAUUUUCAGCUAUCUUGAGAAUAAACCAAGCCAUAUGUAAUAUUUAGUUAUUUAGCUGCUUGUAAUUGUAAAAUAAGGACAAUCGAAGAGUUUAAUUCAUAGAAAAUUCAGGAAAUUCAAUAGCAAACCAUUGCUGGUGCUGUUUCAUUUGCA